GCACCAUCGGUCUUUGAUCCACCAACAUGUUGACCAGAGCCGCAAAACGACAUGCUGUUGGCCCCACCUUUCUAUGCGCGACCAGCUUGUCUACAACUGGUCUCAUGUCCAGUCGAGGCAUGACGAGUGAUAGCGAUAAGGCGCCGUAUGUGCUACCACCUCGACCAAAGCUUGUGUCGAAGCCCACCGAUGGGCCACUCAAGUAUAAAGCCGACAAGUCCGUCGUUGAAAACUGGAGAGUUGCCAUGAAGACCAUGGACGAAAUGAUGCAAGACAUCGAUGCGAAGAAACCCAAGGUGUACAUGCCCAACAAAUUCAAAGAAAUGAAGGAGUACAACGACACGGAUGGCAAAGUUGUGGUGUCCAAGAUGGAGCUGACCCCAGUCGCCCAGGCCCCCGAAGUGCCCUCGCUCAAAGUCCAAAACUUGAACGGGUCCGACUACGACGUAAAGAAUCUCACGGGCGGAAAGCUGACGUUGCUUCUCACGUGCUUCAAGAACUCGGGGUUCGACAACCUGGCGGGUUGGCGGCAGGCGUUUGAAAAUGCCCUUGGCGAGGACAACUCGAUGGUUCAGAUCGUGCAGCUCAACAUCAUCGAAGAAUGGUAUGUCCGCCUCUUUCCGGGCAUGAUUCGCAAGGGGUUGCGCACCAAAGUGCCCGAGUCGCAGUACGGUUUGACCCUGGUCUAUUAUGGCGAAUGCAACGAAUUCCGCGCGGCCAUGGACAUGACCAACACAUUUGUCGGAUACGUGCAGUUGGUAGACGCCAAAGGCCGAGUUCGAUGGACGGCCGCGGGAAACAUUACGCCUGAAGAAAGCACCGUCAUGACGCUCUUGACCUCCAAGAUUUUGGCCGAAAUCAGUCAAAAACCCCGGAAGUAAACGGUACAUACAGGCGUUAAGUGACGAAUAGCAACGUGAUGCAGAAUCGAGCUUAAUAGUCCGACAUACGAGCGGCAUCCUUUGGCUAACGUUAGUACUCGUUAAGUUGAACGCUUGAUAUGGUCAUUUGGAU